AUGAUUUACUGUACCUAUUGUGGGAGGAGCUUCACCAGGAAGGAACAUUUGGAGAGGCACAUCCCGAGUCAUACAAAUGUUAAGCCACACCGCUGUAGCGCCUGCCAGUUGGCGUUUGCAAGAAGGGAUCUUCUUCAGCGACACUACUCGACUUAUCACGAAGCUCACCCUUUAGAGCCGCCGACAGGAGGUAUUCCGACGGUCGCGGGGAAAACACCAAUCGCCUGCCUCAACUGCGCACAGGCAAAGACUGGCUGCGAUAAAGGAGUGCCCUGUGCAAGAUGUAAAGACAAAGGACUGCCUUGUGCAGCACGGUAUGCCAGGCGGUCUUCCAAGGCUGCUCUACGAGCUGCUCAAGCGGCCCAAGCUGCGCAGUGCAGUGCAGCAUUGGGUAGUCAAGAACCCAUCACAUUAGCACAGCAAGGCUCACCGGUGGCCACCAUGAAUCCAGUACUCAUGGACAUUGAUGCGAGCGUUGCAAGACAAGGGUCUCCUGCGAAGCAUUCGCUCUCUCCGGAGGCCGACUUGACCAUCGACCUGAAGAUGCAGCAUCACGACAACUCAAAGAAGAACUCGCCAGUCAACUCCCAUUUGAGCCCGGGUGGAUUCGCGUCUCCGCAUGUGCAAACUGACGGUCUUGACGAUUUCAUGCAACUUGGAAGCGAAUUCAUUGCUCCGGAGCCAAACUAUCAGGACAUGCUUGUGUGGUCUGAUUAUCCUCUUGACCUGGACGUUUACUCUACCACCAUCCCCAUGGCUCGCACAGAUGUUCCAAUGCCUGCGUUCGCAGAACUGAGCGAUAUCUCUUCGUCGAAUUCAGAGCACAUGAGUUCUUCAAGAGGCUCGAUCCAUACAAGGAGCACUAGCAUCAUGUCGAGCAAUGACUUUGACACGUCCGUCAAGCCUCUUGAUACUGGCGUCGCAAGCUCGGCUGAAAUACCCGAAUUCGAGGUGGUUAUCGCCGCUGAGGCUGCGUGGCCACUGGCUCGGUGCAACCCCUCGGUCUAUUCAGGCACAUGCCCCCGAACCGCUAUCGUACAUCUAGAAUGCCUGGAGCAGAAGUCGAAGCACGAAGGCACGUGGAGUGCCCUGGAGAAGUAUUUGGAGCAGGUGGAUUGGGAUGCUGCAGAUCUCGCCUCUGUUGUUCCUAUGAGCUCCCGCACCCGCGAUCGAAUGCUCGCAAUUACACAGACUUUUCUUCACAAGGCUUUGGAGAUACACCGCGGCGGUGUUAAUGGCUUCAAUAAGUCAACUUACAACAGCCCUGGCAUGUUAACCUUCCUUGUCCUUCCCCCAUCCAAAAUUCUGGAGUUUUUCUUGAGAAGUUACGUCAGAAGCCUGACUUUCUUCUAUUCCCUCGUUUCGACAGGCUGCGUCGACCCCAAUGAGAUGCUCCAGAACAACCAAGCAACUACGCUUCUUGUACUGCUGAUGAUUGCUCAAGGAGCUUCCGCAGUCCCCACAGCUGAAGCUCGGGCUUUAUCAGCAGGUCUAAUCGAAACUUGUCGCAUCUCCCUUUUUGAUAUUAUCGAGAAGGACAUUGAGAUGUCUGCAGACCCGACGGCUCUCCGAUCAGCUCUCCUCUUCACCUUGUUGGGGGCAUGGAGCGGAGACAAGUGGUUGAUGGAUAUAGCCAUGGGGCAGCGUGGCAUGUAUCUCUCUAUGUUGAAACAUGCUGGCAUGCUUGACUCUCAACCUUCAAUGAUUCCUUCUUUACAAGCUUCGACCAGCACUGAAUUACAAUGGAGAGCGUGGCUACAUCGAGAAACGCAGAACAGGCUUGUGUACAACUGGGUUAUGGUGGACCAGGAACUCAGCUUAUUUCAUGACACCGCUCCAAUGCUUUCCAUUAGCGAACUCUGCGCUCCUCUCCCGGGACCUGAAUUGCUUUGGAUGUCAGCAAACGCUGAGCAGUGGCUUGCCGCAGUGCAAUCCAUCUAUGGGUGUACAUCCAACGUAAACCCCCAACUUCUCACCACUCCAUCAAUCACGCCAUCGCUGUGCGAUCUCUUCCAAGAUUUCCUGCAUGACAAUUUGUCGCGAAGACAAGGGAAUCUGUCUCCACAUCAGCUUCGCCUACUCUUACACCCACUACAAUCUCUCCUCUGCCAUUUGAGACAGAUGUUGUCGUGCUUCUCAGAUGUGCUUAGCACGCGCCGCACAACCUCCAGGACGGUGACGAAGGCCUCCACAAUGCUGCGGCUGGAGGAAGUUCAAGCACUAUUACAGAAGUGGUACGAACUAUCGAUCACAUACUACAAGGCAAAUCCAGGCUGCGCCGUCAGCAAGACAAACCUGGUUCUCUACCACCUAAUCUCACUGAACGCUGUCACGAAUUUUCCCGAAAUCGAACGUCUCGCGCGACGCGAAGAUUUUGAUGGGUCUUACUGGGAGCUUUCACUUCGUCAUAAGAGGUGUAUUUACCAGCGAGAAGAGUCCAUAUUCCACUCUGGCCAAGUUCUACGCCUCGUCCGCAGCAUGCCGGGCGACCGACGCCCCACAUGGUGGAGCACUGCGAUUUACCGAGCGAUCCUCAUUCUAUGGACCGACAGCAUCUCGCGACUUGAUCCCAAUUUCCAAAAACGAGAUGAUUCAGGUGGCCCUGUGGCUAUCGAUCAGGUAACACCGGAAGAUGCGGCCGUGAUCGCUUACAUUUGGAACGGAGACGGCAUCCCUGUCCUCACUCCGAGUGAAAGCACCACUGCGAACCUAGAUCAGCCUGCCGAGGUUCUUCGCUAUGCGGUCAAGGUUAUUGAAGAUGGUGUGAGCUGUAGACUCAGCGACGGAAUCAAGCGCAAGCUUGCCGCCCUAGGGAGCAACUGGAGCGUCGAUGGAUGUGGGCCAGUAACGGUGUAA